AUACUGGAGUGAUCUAUUAUGGUCUCAUGACCAAAGAUUGCCAUCUGACAGGCUGCAAUCCCACUGCUGCGGAAAGGGCAACGUUAUGACUGCAUUGAGUAAGCUACAGUGAAGCGAGGGCGCUAGAAAUGGUAUUAGCACUGUUGAGACUAGAUUAGGGAAAAUGAGGCAGGGCUUCACCUCCUGUAACGCUAUUUAGUGACCCCACCCUAGAAGACGCACAACCUCAGAAGCAUGCAGUCAUGGAAGAUGACUCACCAGUGUUAGCAUUCCACAUGAGGAAGGUUAAAGCUGAAAACCAAAACAUGAGCAAAUGAAGGACAUAAUGUUAAACCAACUAGCUGAAACUUGUGAAGAAAGGAUUUGCAUUUAUGUAGCACCUUUUUUACGAACUCAAGGUAUCUCAUGGCCAAUUUGUGAAAUACUUUCCUGAACAGCAAUCUUACAUUGGCCAGGUGAUCUGUUUUAGGUUUUGGAUGAGGGACAAAUAUUGACCAGAUCACCUUGACAACUUCCUGAACUCUCCUUAAAAAUGUACUGGAAUCCCUCAAAUCCAUAUGAGAUAGAGUAGAAAGGUUCCAUACCUCAUCCAAAAGACAGCAACUGUAACUGUGGAACUGGGAGCAUCAGCUUUGACUUUGCAUUUAGAUCCUAGGAGUGGGAACUGAACCCACAACCAUUAUCACUCAGAGGUAAGAGCGCUGGCAGCCAAGCCCACGCCUAUCUAGAGCUAGCCCAGUGGACAAAAGAUAUACUAGCCCAAACCUUCUGAGGAGGUGCCUGUUGGUCUCCCAUUACCAACGCUGUUUGGAUAUCUGCUAUCACCUGAUGUGUACCAGAGGUGGACAGGAGUUCUUGCUGUCCUCUGAAAAUUACCCCAUUGGAUGCAUUCAGUGAAAGGCCAGAUUUGCCGCAGCCACAGUCAAGUGUGGAAGAGGAAACUGAUGUGAAGAUCCUGGAGGUCAGGCCAUUGCAGUAGGGAGGGAGAUUGCAAAGAGGCCAGUGCUGCCAGUGCACGCUCAACGAGUGAGAGGAAGCUGACGCAUUGAGUGAGGAGAGCAGAAUAACUUCAGGGAUGCUGAGUUUAAAGUUACCUCGUCUGUUCAGCAUCAAUCAAGUGCCAAAAGUAUUCCAUGAACACAGCAUCAUCUUUGGAUAUCGCCACCCAAGGAGCACAGCAACUGAUUGUCUGUUCAGCCUUUUCCAAUUGACAAAUGAGACUGUGAAUAUCUGGACCCACUUCCUACCAACCUGGUAUUUCCUCUGGAACCUUCUGGCUCUCUCCUACACCCUGGACUUUUGGAAUGAAGCCUACACAUGGCCUUUCCUUGUUUACAUGCUGUCAAGUUGCAUCUACCCAUUUACCUCGAGUUGCGCCCAUACAUUUAGCUCGAUGUCCACCCGAGCCAGACACAUUUGCUUCUUCUUUGACUAUGGUGCUCUCAGCCUGUACAGUCUAGGCUCUGCCACUGUGUAUGCAGCCUACAUCAUGCCAGACAGAUGGAUCAACACCCCCUUCCACAAGUGGUUUGUAACCAUCGCUGUCUUCAACACCAUCAUUUGCACGGUGCUGUCGUGUUACUCCAGGCUUGGCAUCCCUUUCAUCAAUUAUAACCACAACAUCGUGGAGAGAUCUCCAGAACUGGAUCAUCCCAACCUGAGUAAAGUGGUGCGGAUUAUGGCCUUUGCUUACCCAUAUCUCUUUGAUAACACUCCACUGUUUUACAGGUUGUUCCUUUGCUCGGGGGAAGGUUGUGCUCACAACGAGACAAUACCUAUCCACUACAGACACGUGGCACUUGCCUUUCUAACUUGCUUCCUGUUUGCAACACACUUACCAGAGCGCCUUGCUCCAGGGAGAUUUGACUAUAUUGGUCAUAGCCACCAGCUGUUUCACAUCUGUGCAAUCAUCGGCACUCAUUUCCAAAUGGAAGCGAUCAUAAUGGACAUGACAUUGCGCCACUCUUGGCUCUCACUUCACGCACCAUUGCCCUCUUUCAUGGGCACCAUUGGUGCCCUUGGUUUUGCCCUUGUGUUGAACCUCCUGAUCAUUGCACUAUUCUCCCUGGCUCUGUACUGGACACCAAAGUUGCCUGAACUGAGAUAUGAAUACUUGAAUGAGAAGUUCAAGACGGAUUAGGAUGUUACAACCCUGCUUCUUGAACCAGCUGAGAAAGAGGCCGAGAGUUUUUAAAGAGUGGGAGCGAUUAGCCUAACACUUCAGCUAUCACUACUGUGACAUGGGAAGAAAUGAAGUAUAUUCCUGUUUAAAAUGGAUAUGUCUCCCAAAUAACAGGCUGUGCCUUUUAAUGGUAAUCUUUAAUAAGCUUGUGUCCAAUGAUGUGGAUAUUUAUAUUAUACCGUGCGGGUUUUAUUUACUGUGGUUAUAAAAUAGCCCUGGGGCUAGUGGAAGGUCAGUUCAGCUACAGCAGCCCAUGUUUGAUCACUGGUACCCAAUAAGCACUUCCUUCGUGGAAUAUAUCGUUGAACCUUCCUUGGUUGGAUGUAGACUUGUGUUCUAAGAAGCCUGGAUUUCAGAGUUUUGGGAAGAUGAAUAGACAAGUUUUGACAUAGCUGAAAUAGUGGAGAACUCUUGUCAUAGGGGUGGUUAAGGGUUAGUUAUUAACCUUAAUUUAAGGAUAUUUUCUCAUCAACCUGUUCAAAGAUUUUAUUACAGAUCUCUGGAGCAGGUGGUACUUGAAGCCGGGACCUUUGAUUUAGUGGUAGGGUGUCGAACUAUGUCAUCACCAGUAGGGCUGUAAUCUUGAGGUCUGUCCUUUUGAUGGGCUAUUAGGGAUAGUCAAUAAAUGCUGGCCCUGUCAGUGAUGCCGAUUAUCCUGUGAAUAAAUUCAAAAAGAGAAGCUGGAAUAACUUCAAUCUGGCCGUCAGUUGUGGCUGUAGAUCAGGCAUGACAGCCAAUCACAUGGCUAAAGGUUUCACUGGGUUUCCCAGUGUUUCUCUACAACUCCAUUGACGACAGAUGCCAUUUCUCUGGCUGACACGUUCACUGACAUCUCCGAUGCUGGCUUCAAAGUUUCAGUCGAUUAAAGACCAAGGGGAGUGAGCUCACUAUCCAACUGGGUGGGAGGGUGGAGGGCUGAUAGAAGGCCCUUCAGCCCCUUGGAGAUUGGCAGUCCCAUUGGCCAAAGUGGGAGCUGAGCAUCGGAAAAGGGAAAAGGUCCAGAGUAUUUUUUAAUAUAAAUACAUAUCAGAAAAGACCCAAGCUGCUAGGCUACAGGCAUAGCAUAGAGAGGCAACCACACCACACCUGCACCCUCAACACCCCCCACCCACCUCCUUAAGCAUGCCCCUAACAAGCCUAUAACAAAUCCACCAGAGAUCACAGUUGCAGCCCAUGGUGCAGAUGGUGAGGGGAGCUGGGGUGUCUCAUGGGAUCACACAUCACACUAUUUAACUUAAGGAGAGAGGGAGAUAGAUACACUUGGAGAGGAAUUUCGGAGCUUAAGGAUAAUAAAUUAGGGCCUUGACUUUCAUUGUUAGGGGCAGGAAUUGGAAGAACGCAGAGAUCUUUGAGGGUUAUAGAAUUCAAGAGGCUACAAGGAUGGAGAGGAGUGAGGAACAGAAACCAUGGAAGGGUGAGAAUUUUCAAAGAGAAUUUUAAAACUUCACAUUGCAUCUAGCCCUGUAGAUCAAUGUCUAAAUGUAGUCUCUAGAAAAUUGGUUCACAUAUUUGUUGCCCUUCCUGAAAUGCCUGGAAAGAGAUCUUUUGUUUUAACAAAUAGUUUCUUGUGUGGUUCCUAACUUCCUUGAAAACAGUGGGAGGAAACUUCACUAUGAGUUGGCUGCAUUACAAAGACUUCCUAAGCUUAUCUCAUUGAGAGAAAUUAACAAAAAGUGUUUCUAAAAUGAAAGAAAAGUUCUGCUUUUUCUCAGAAGAGUGAACAGAGGAAUGCUCUCCUCCCAUCUUUCAAAACAUCCCCAGUUUUCUUUUUCUAAGAAUACUUAGGUAUUGUUACAUUGCAACCUCAGAGUGAAAUCCAUAGACUGACAAAUUAGCAUCACUUCCUUGAAUGUUGCAGGUCUGUAGGCCUUCGAGGGACUUGCAGAGGAGAUUUAUUGGAAUGGUACCAGGGAUUAAGCAUUUCUGUUAUCACAGGAGCUGUGAUAGUUUCCAUUAAAGAGACGGCUUAGGGCAACUGCAUUACAAAACCUCAAAACGAUGUCUUUUUUCAGCCCAGUGAUUGAGAUGGUGUGAACUGCAUUGAAAAACUGCAACAUCAGCAUUGUUAGGAAAAGGUUAAAAAAAACAUAAAUAGUCAAACCUUCCAACAUGAUUCUAUUGGAAGGAAUUAGUCUGAUAAGAUUUGCAUUGUUAUGCAACUCCUUUCAUAAGCUCAGGAAGACCCCAGGGCACUUUCCGGUCAAUGAAGUUCUUCGUGCAAUGUAGGAAAUAGUAAUUUAAUCAUCUUAACCAGCUCAAGUACAAAGCAAAUAAUUGAACUUGUAAUUACAUGAGGGUGUACAAAGUACGCUGACUAUUGUCCAUUAAAUUAGCAGAAAAUCUAAUCCAUCCAUUUUGAAUGGUUUGCUUUAAUGAACAGGUAUUUGACAUAAACAUGUUUAGCCUUGAAAAACUAAUAUCACACAGUACAACUUCGCUGUCCUGAUUGAGAGCAAUUACAAUUGGACCAAGUAGGGACCAAGUAGCCAUCACUCCAUACUCCAUUAAUGGGACAGUCCAAGUGGGAAAUAGAGCUUGAAAUUAAAUAUAUUAUUAGUAACAAAGGUUAGAGAUUUCAUUGUUUGACAUAAUGUUUACAGUGUUUAUGCUUCUCACAAGCAUUCUCCUCCGACACUAUACUUUAUCCAGUUCUGUCACUGUAUCCUUCUGUUUCUUUCUCCCUCGUGUUUUUCCCUAAAAUGCAUUAGUACCAUUUGCCUCAACCACUCCAUGUGGUGUUUGCUGUGCUGUGUGAAAUUAGCAUCUGAAGUUUUAAAAUGUUUAUGCCAAAUUGCUUUGUUUUUUCAAAGUGAGAGGGAGGUUAUGUGAAGGAUGCCAAUCCUUUUUUCACAGCCCAUUGAUUAGUCGUAUGUUUAGUAUAAGUUAAAUUGGCACGGAGUCUGUGCCAGCCUUGUGUGCAUGUGGAAUAAGCUCCAUACAGCUCUUUUUUUUUCAAAGCACUGAAGUUUGCAUUCUCAAUUCAAGUCAGAUUGCAAAAGGUCAAAGCACCCAUCAUUCUUUAAUGACUGACAUCCUCGUUAAUAUAGUCGCAGGGGAAAUCAAUCCUAGUAUGAUUUUGAAAGGAAUUUAUGGAUAUCUUCAUAUAUCUACUUAUGUGUUAUUUAAACUACUAUGCAUCAUUUUGAAGAUAUUGAUCUUUUAACUAAUGAGACAGAAUUAAUAGAAAUGGACUGUUUACAAUGGAUGAGGGGUUCAGAAUGAGGGGAUACAGAUAUAUGAUUUAGCAUGUUUGUCAUACACAGAGAUGCAGUGUACACUACCGACUGAAACAAAGGCUGUGCCAAACAUCAAGGCUGGCUUCCAAGGUUGAAGGCAAUGGGAUUAACGGUUAGUGGAACCAAAUGAGUUAAUGGGAUUAGGGCCGUUACUUUUACAAGUGAUGAAAACGCAGGACAAACUACUUAGGCUGAAUAGAUGCACUAUAUAACACUGUCUGUAGAAGUCAAUAUUACAUUAAUCUCAAUGUCUUGUUUGUGGAAUCAACACCUUGCUUUAUAUAAGGAUGAUACCUCUUCAGCAUCAGGUCCCACCCGAUGCUUCAAUUGCCCAAAUAAUGUGAAAGUAGGAGUCGGAGGGUGUUUUUAGUUUCGGGCAGUUGAUCCAUUUCUCUCCUCCCUCAAUCCUGGCCUCCUUUACCCCUCACCCAGCGUCCCUGCGACUUGAGAACGUAAGUUUGAUCAGAGAGCCAAAGGGUGAGGUGGUGGGUGAAGAUCAUGGCACAUGCUACGAGCAAAGAUUUUUUUCCCACAAAGUUGGAAAGAUGAAACAGAUCAAGGCACAGAAAACAGAAAUUACAGGAGAAACUCAGCAGCUCUGGCAGCAUCAGUGAAGAGAAACACAGAGUUAACAUUAACUCUGUUUCUGUCACCACCAAAGCUGUCAGAGCUGCUGAGGUUCUCCAGCAAUUUAUGUUUUUAUGUGUUUCAGAUCUCCAGCAUCUACAGUUAUUGUUUUAUUUUAGAUCAAGGUAUAUUGAUUUGGGAAUAGCGGAAUUUUGUAAGGUUGUAUCUUUUUGAUGGAAAUAGAGGAUCCAUAGACUUUAGAUCCUGGAAGAGAAUAAAAUUGGAUUUGGAAACAUUGUGAUGAGUUUAUAAAGUAUUGAUUCGAACACUUUGUUGAUAAAGAGGAUGGAGAUUAUUUGAAAAAAAAUCAAUAUAUUUGUUUAGUAUAACCUUCAACACAUUUUUCUCUGAAUUUUUCAAUAAUUUCUAACAUUCAACGAUCUGUGAGGCAAAACAACUGGACGUGGGAUAUGUUGCAUCUCUGCGCAAUUUAUCUCUGAUGUAAAAUACUCAUCUGGGAGAGAGUGCAUAAUGACUCUAUUGCUAACAAUUUAGUGCAAAGAACUGCAGUCCAAAGCCAGAUCUGUUCAGGUUACUGUGAUGUUACAGGAUGUUGGUGAUGAGGGAACCAUGUUAAUUGAGUUUUCAAAUUGCAUCUGGGAAUGUCGAUAGAGAGAAACCAAAUGCAACAUUUCCUGCUUUUUUAAAACCUGGGAUUCCAACACUGCAUUUGAUUGGCUAUAAUAGGAAAAUGUCAAGUAAUUUGAAUAGAAGCAAAAUUUUGCAGGGCAGCCUCCCAGUUUCUUGAUGGGUAACCUGGUGGUUGGAACUCUCAAUGUUGCAGGAGAAUGUGUGCUUUCAACAUAUUGGCAUGUAACUCUACAUGGAAAUUUUGUGUGGGUGUUACUCCCACAGCCAAUAUAUUGAUGUUCACCAAUGGAGAAAGUGAAUCUCACAACUGAUUGCAAUUCCUGAUUUAGAAAGUAAAGGGCCCAGAUUCUACUGAUAGUCUCUGAGCAAAGUCACGAUACAGUUUUAGCAUUUCGUUCUAAUAAUUUGUUGUUGGUGUUAAGCAUAAUUCCAGGGUCUAGGUUAAGAAUGGUGAACCAAUUUUCACUGAAUAAGGCAAAUAUCUAUCUAUACCUAUCUGCAUCUCAAGCAUGGGCCAAUAUUUAACAAAAUACUCUAUAUGACGAGUGCUUGAAUGGAAAUAUUAGUGUAGAUUUUAAGUUACAGAUGAGAACAAAGCUUUAAGACGACCAGAAACAAACGUUUUAGGUUGUGGUUUACUUUUGUAGAAUAAAGUAUUUGAUUGCACAUUAUACUUGGAGCAGUCAAUUAGUUGAAAGACAAUAUACUUUUUGUGCAAUGAUUGAUUUUAUUGAAAAAUUAGGUAAUUUUCCCACAAGGAGCACAAUUUCAAAAUCAGUGAUGUAUGAGAGUUCAUGAGAUGAAUGAUGAAAUAUAUAUGUGGUGAAUGGUGAUGGUAGUAUACAUCCAAUUGCCGACAAGCAAAAAAAUUGAAGUUUUGAAUAUAUCUGUUAGAAAGGAUUUUAGAUGCUAGCCUCGGAUCUAAAUUCAAAUUCUAUUGAGAUUAUUGUAAUUAAAGUCUCCUUGGUUUCAAGCGGCCUACUUAAAAUGAAGUUGGGCAACCUCAAUCCUGAUACUGUUGCAGGAGAAUAUGUGCUUUCAACAUAUUGGCACUUAACUCUAUUGUGUGGGUGUGAGUCCCUCAGCCAAUAUAUUGAUGUUCACCCAUGGAGAAAGUGAAUCUCACAACUGAUUGCAAUUCCUGAUUUAGAAAGUAAAAGGCCCAGAUUUCACUCCCAUUUUAAAUUGGCAUCUGACCUCAAUAAACUGCUGAUCUCUCCCCAACAAACAUCAGGCGGCCGGGUGUAAGAAACGGGAAGAGAAAUGUCACAAUUAACUGUAAUAAGUCAGGAAGCCUAACUGAAAAGGAACAUCAUUUAUUGCUAACUAGCAAAAUAGAGCCACUACUUGUGAUGUACAUAGUCCCAGUCCAGGACAGACAAUGCUAUAGAUCCAUUCCUGGGUCUGCUUUAUCAAUUUUAGGUAUUUUCUAGUCAACCUGUUUAGUAACAUGUUGUCUGGUAUUAAAACCCUGGUGGCUCAGUGGUUAGGACUCUGCUUCACAGCACCAGGGACCCAGGUUUGAUUCCAGCAUUGGGCAACCAUCUGUGUGGAGUCUGCACAUUCUCCCCGUGUCUGCGUGGGUUUCCUCUGGGUGCUCUAGUUUCCUUCCACAGUCCAAAGAUGUGCAGGUUAGGUGGAUUGGCCAUGCUAAAUUACCCAUAGUAUCCAGGGAUGUGCAGGCUAGGUGGAUUAGCCAUUGGGUAGGGGAUGGGUCUGGGUGGGAUGCUUCUCGGAUGGUUGGUGUGGACUCAAUGGGCCAAAUGGCCUGCUUCCACACUGUAGGGAUUUUAGAUUCUGUGACCUCUGGAACAGGUGGGACCUGAACCUGGGUCUCCUAGCUCAGAAGUGGGGACAGUACCUCCCACCCUCAUUCUGUGUCUCCUUUAUAGAGGGUUCAGGUGAUGAGUUCCAGUUGGCAGGCCAUUGCCUGUUACCAAAGGGAACUCCAUAAGCUCCAUGAGGAGAUUAUUUAGGGAUUCCCAAUAGGCCUCAUAAGGGUAAUCACACUUAGACUUUACUGAGUUUGGGGCUGAGGCAUGUUAAAAUGGUCUAGUAAACUCUCUUAUGCCACACUGCAUCUGAAGCUAAUACAAUGCAGUAGAAAUUUGUUUUGUGCAGUUGUGGAUUCGCUGCCUGUUAUAUGGCCCCAUGGAAUAAUAACUGUGAAGCUUGGCAGGCAGUGUAUAUACCAGGGAGCAGGUGUAGUCGCAUCUGGAUUGCACACAUAUUCAAGACAGGUUUCUAUCCUGGGUGCCUUCAACAGUAAAUGUUCUAUCCCCU